CCGGCUGUUCCUCCGCGCCACCCAUGGCCCGGCUGUGGCCGCCCGCGGCCCGCCUCGCCGCGAGCCGCCCGAGGAGUGGCCGCCCAGUGGCGGCUGGGCGCGCCAGCAUGCGGGCGGCCUGUGUCCUGGGGCUGUCGGCGGCGCUGCUGGAGCUCGGCCCGGCCAGCGCCAGCGUCGGGGCCGCGGGCGCCGCGCCGCCGUCUCGGCGCGACGGUGCCCUGCUCCGGAUGGGCUGCUCCGGGGGCGUGGCCCUCGGGGUGCUCUCGGGGGCGCUGCACGGCGUCGCGAUGUCGCUCCGGAAGGCCGGCGGGAGCUCCAACUACGUGGCGACCUGGCAGUGGUGGCUCGGCACGCUGAGCGACGGCACGGCUGGGGUGCUCUUCGCCCUGAGCGUGCCCUUUGCGCCUGCCGUGGUCCUCCUCCCGAUCGUCGCCAUCUCGCAGAUGCUCGCGGGCGCGCUGAUCGGCGCCGUGUGCCUCGGGGAGCCGCUGCCCCGUCGCUCGCGCCUGGGCCUGCUCUGCGCCAUGUGCAGCGUGUGUGCCCUGGGGAGACACGGCUCCAGCGCGGCCGUGGAGACCGUCGCGGUGGAGGGCUUCUGGCGGCAGUGCGCGCAGCUGCAGUUCGUCCUCCUGAACGGGGCCUUGCUCGGGGCGGUGCUGGCAGCCCGCUUCAGCGCUCGCCGAGCAGCGAUGUACGUCCUGGUGUCCGCUCACGCCGACGCCGUCCAGUUCCUGGUGACGCGCACGCUCGCAGCGGCCCUGCUCUCCGGCCGGGAGGCCCUGUGGACCCCCGGCGUGCUGUCCCUCUGCUGCCUCAAGGGCGCGUGCAUCGUCGCCUUCCUGCACUCGCAGCAGCUGGCCCUCGCGGCGAGCCUGUCGCAGGUGGCGGCCCUGGCCCCGCUGCUGUCGGCGUGCCUGCCCUGCCUGCUCAGCGCCGCCUUCUUCGGCGACCCCUUCGCCUGGAGCCCCGAGGCCGUGCUCGCCCUCGCGUCGGGGGCGGCCGCGCUGUGGCUCCUGGCCCCCUCGCCGGGGAAGGGGCUCCCGCCCUGCCUGGACGCGGAGCCGCUGCUGGGGGGGUGA